GGGCACAAUUGCUCAGUAUACAUUAAGCAAGCUUGUGCUAUACGUGCGUGCGAGAAACGUCAAAAGCUUCACAGCUGAACAAGGGUCUGCGUAAAUUUAUCACGUGCGCUUAAGCUCAAGCAUUACCCCAGAUUCCAGCAUCAGAAAUUCUUUGCCUUAGCAGCGGCGCCAUGUGCUUGCGGUUGCUCUGCCAUCGCAUAUACCCUGACACAUCCUCAUCAAACACUCUCCACAAUGGCUGGAAAGCGUCGCCGAAAUUCGAAUGGAGAAGACGAGACGACCCAUGAUACGACUCAUCCCUCUCGCAAGCGACGUGUUGAAUUUGGUGUAGCUGACGCUAAAUUGGCUGCCCUGUACAACGAUUUGUCGGACGAUGUCAAAGCAACCAGACUGAAGGCUGCUGCGGACCUGAUACGCACCCUUGCAGAAGCGGACCCUGAAGCCCUGGAUAAGUCCUUGACAAGACUCAUCAGGGGUCUUUGCAGUAGCCGUAAAGCCGCGAGAUCUGGAUUUUCAGUAGCUUUGAUAGAGAUUUUGAAGCUCACUAUCAAAUCUCCGGUCGCGGGAGCUGAGGAUGUGGAUCUGAGUCUUCCGGCUAUUAUUGAUAAGAUCAUCUCAAUCACACAACCCGAGGAGCAGGGCAAUAACAAGGAAAGAAGGGACCAUCUCACUGGUCGAUGCUUCGGAUUCAAGUCUCUCAUCCAGAGUCAACUUCUCUUUGCAAAGGGUGUACCCAUAGCUGAGUGGGAGAAGGUUCUUGAUCACAUUUUCAAGCUUGCCACAGAGACCACCUGGCUACGAAGAGAGUGUGGCGUGACUCUGUACGAGACGUUAGCCACACUGACCCAGGUCAAAGACAUUGACCUCGAAUAUGUCAGUCUGCUUGUUCAGAGACUUGAGCCAUUCAAGCUCAGCAAGACCCCUGAGGGCCUUGCCAUCUGGCUGACCACUUCUGCAUUGUUCCCUGAUGCCAAAUUACCCAAGGGAGUAUGGGACCACAACGAUCCUUUGUCACCAAAGGAGAGAGUUACUGUGGCAAGAAUCUUGCGCGACAAUGGCUCUCAAGCUGAGGAAGGUCCAGCUGGCAAUAGUACUGGUGCCGCGCAGAGUUCACCUUCUUUCGCUUGGGCAAUCGUUCUGUCCCACCUCUACAGACGCCACAAGCCUAGCAAGAAGUCAGACGAGAAGGUUUCCGACUUCGAGAAGUUCUGGCUCGAGGCUGUAGACCAGGGAGUAUUUGCCGCAUCUGCCAGCACGGAGCGCAAGUCCUUGGGCCUUCAGGUCGUCUCUAUGGGAAUCUCAACUGCACCCGUUCAGCUUCUGCAUGCUGUUUUCAGCCCAAACGCCAUGCGAUGCAUUAUCAACCAACGUGCCGGGCAAGACCGAUACCUUCACGAAGCAGCAAAGGGUCCACUUUCACAGAUGGUGAUUCGCUCAAAGUCUGAUCAGGAAAGCAUUCCUGUGAUGUUGAAGGGUUUGUUAUCAGGCAACGGUGCUGUGGACUUUGACCGUUUGACAAAGUCCAAAACGGCCGAGGAUCUCUUUGCUCGUGCAAAGGACGAAAGCGCAGCUGACGCUUUGACUCUCCUGCAACAGCUUUCAGCUCGGCCAAAUGCCGAGGAUCAACCGCAGGCUGAUCUCAAGCGCCGCCUUCUCGCGGAUAUGAUGCUGAACAUGGCUCGUAAGCAACAAGUCGAGGAAGGUAAGGAUAAUGAGAGCAUAUCCCGUCUUGUCCUGUCCAUGGUGCCUUUCGGCUAUGCCGACGCCACCGCUGGCGCUCUCAAAGCAUCGCCUGCGCUUUCCGAGGCAAGUCAAGAAAUGUUCCGCUCGCGUCUCAUGUCGUGUCUCAAUCACAUCCUCGCUGCCCGCCUAGACAAGGACUUCGCAAUCCUCGAGAAGGUCGUUGAGCAAGUCAAGACGACCGACGCUGCGUCGAAGACUGGUCUUCGCACCAAGGCCGACCAAGAAAUUGUGGACAAUCUGGACAAAGCUCACAAGACUUUGAAAGCACUAAAGAAGCUUGAGCAAAAGCAGAAGGAAAGUAAGAAAGCACCUCUCCGCGCGUUCAAGGCAUUGUAUGCUCUGUCUAUUCUGCUGGUCUACAACGGCGAGGCCGAUGUCGUACCUGUUCUGGAAGACUUGGACCUGUGCUACCAAUCAUGGAAGAAGAGCGAAGACGCAUCUGUGAUGCUUGUUGAGAUUCUGCUUAGUUUCAUCUCCAAGCCCUCUGCUGUCUAUCGUAAGAUUGCUCAACAAGUAUUCGAAGCAUUCUCCUCACAGCUUGACGCCGAAGGUCUGCAAUCAAUGUUAGACAUCCUGGAGAAGUCAGAAAAUCUUAGUGGUCAGCAAGAGCUCUUUGAGCAGGCCGACGAGCUCGAAGAAGAGGACGAGUCAGGUUCGGAUGAGGAUGCCUCUGAUGUGGAGAUGCUAGAUGGGGAAGACGCUAGCGACGUCAAGGUCGAUAGCGAUGUCGAAGUCGUUGAUGACGCCGAGUCUGGCGCUUCCGACUCAGACAAUUCAGACGAGGAAGUCGAUGCCGAUGAUGCCGAUCUUGAAGAUUUCGAGAAUAAGCUCGCACUUGCACUGAAGACCCAAAAGCCUACGGAGGAUGACUCGGACUUUGACGGGUCCGACAUGGAUGACGAACAGAUGAUGGCCAUAGAGGGCCAUCUCACUACUAUCUUCACGCAGCGCAAGAAGAACGCAACCAACAAGAAGAAGGACAACAAGGACGCCAAAGAGAACAUCGUCAACUUCAAGAAUCGUGUGCUUGAUCUCUUGACCAUUUUUGCCAAACAGGAACACUCCAACAAGCUGACACUUGAUCUGAUCCUGCCAAUGCUCACAUUGGUCCGCACAACUACCAGCAAGCAGAUCUCGGAUAAGGCUUUCGGCUUAUUGCAACAAUUCUUCGGAGCCUGCAACAAGACCAAAGAGUUCCCCAAAGCCGACGAAGCAUCCGAAGUUCUCGCCCUGCUCCAUUCCGUCCACGACGAGAUCCGCGCCAACGCUUCGAAGUUGCACAGCAACGCCUGCAGUCGCUCAAGCUUAUUCCUUGCCAAGAUUUUGGUUAACCUGGAUCCCAAACAUUUCUCGGAUGUUGCCGACUGUUACAACAACCUCCAGAAGGAAUGGUACGUCGACCCGAAGUCGCAAAUCCAACCGAGUGUCUUUACCGAGUGGACCUCAUGGAGCAUUACCACUAGAAAGCACAACAACUGAUCUCGGUGCGGACCGACAUUCGAGAAGUCCUGAAAAGUCGUGACAGGCCUUUCUAUGAUGGGAACAUAUCAGAGCUUGGACCGUGGGAUUGACUUCGAAAUAGGCGUCCAAGGCCUGAUUGCGCAACGGACAGACAUGUCUUUUCGCAUACAACUCCGAGCAGACAGACCGCCUGGAUUAGAGAAUCUUUCACUGACGUCAGUUAUUUUGACUUCAAUCAAUUCGCACGGCGUGCCCUCCUGUCCUAAGAUCUGGGCGCUUUGAUUGUGUAUACCUUAUGGAUGCCCAACUAUCGAUGGCACUCUCGACGUCAGUCCAAUUUCGCUUGUGCAUAGACUCUUCAUACCAAUCACAAUCUUAGCACUACAUCGUAGUGGUCGUUCAUAUCUCCAUCUCAUUUCGGCAUACCGUUCAGGCUA